UAUCAUCGGCAGAAAUGGGACGAGCUGGUUGGAUCGUUCUCCUGGUUGUUCUAGUGGUUUCUGUAGAAGGGACAACAGCAGUCAAACCUUUUUCCUUUGCCAGUUACUAUGGUGACCACAUGGUUCUUCAAAAGGCUCCCCAAAGGACAACUAUAUGGGGUUAUGCUUCAAAGGAAGGGGAGACAAUCACAUUGACCAUUAGUGGUAAGGGUCAGGUGAAUACAACAUCCUUUAUUGGACCUAUCCCAUCAACUCCUGUGUGGUCAGUUCAACUUCCUGCCAUUGAUGCCGGGGGCCCUUACAACAUCACAGCGACAUCUAGCGAGGGCAGCAUCAAUCUAACAGAUGUGUUGUUUGGGGAUGUCUGGAUAUGUUCGGGUCAGAGCAACAUGCAGUUUACACUUUCUAUGGCCUUCAAUGCCACGGAAGAGGAGGCGGAAGCCGUUAACUAUCCCAACAUCCGGGUGUUUACAGUUGCCCUUGGAGGUUCUCCGGUAGAAGAAUAUGAUCUGCUGAACAUCAGCCAACCUUGGUCUGUUCCUAGUGCAGAUACUGUUGCCGGUUCAGAUGUGUCGGGCUUUUCGGCAGUAUGUUGGUUAUAUGUUAAGUACCUGUCGUCGCAUCUCAAAUACCCCAUCGGCCUCAUAGCAUCAUCAUACGGAGGAACCCGAGUGGAGGCGUGGUCAGCUCCCAAUGUCCUCAAGAAAUGUGGUGUGAGCGAGGCUAGGAAGAUGUCGAGUGUGAACCCUAAUGCUGCUUCUGUUCUGUGGAACGCCAUGAUGCGACCCUUCGUCAACAUGACCGUAUAUGGAGCCCUCUGGUAUCAAGGUGAAGCCAAUGCCGGAUCUCCAACAAUGAACCAGUACAACUGUACGUUCCCCGCCAUGAUAGAUGACUGGAGAGACAGGUUUCAUCAAGCAUCAGGAGGACAAACAGACCCAGUGUUUCCUUUUGGUUUUGUACAGCUUGCUCCAUGGAGAGACAAUGACACCAUUACUACAGGCUUCACAGAUAUUCGGUGGCACCAGACAGCUGACUACGGCUUCGUCCCUAACGACAGAAUGAACAACACCUUCAUGGCGGUGGCCUUGGACCUGCCGGACUUUACCUCUCCAUUCACAGGUAUCCAUCCCCGGGACAAACAGGAUGUGUCUAUGCGACUUUGUACAGCUGGACUUGCUGUGGCCUAUAACCAAACUGAGUUCUCCAAAUUCAACGGUCCUCUACCUUCAUUGAUCACAAUCUGGGUGGCUGACGGCACUAUAGAGAUAGACUACGAUAAUAAACAAACUGUUCUGGAUAUAAGAUCCACAACUGGCUUUGAGGUAUCAUGCAUUACCCUAGACAAGAGUUCCGCUCUCGCUGAAGUCUCGGAAAACAUCACGUGGUUCCAUCUUCCAAUGGUGUCACAUGACGACACGUCAGUGACCUUCAACUACAGCCAGAUAUGUCUCCAGCCUAAGGACAUGAUGGUGUCUGCCAUACGUUAUGCCUGGCGAGAGUCGCCGUGUCCCUUUAAACAGUGUGCAGUCUACAACAAAGAAAGUGGCUACCCGGCCCCACCGUUUGUCAAACAUAUCAUUGAUGAUAAAUCUAAUGUCAAAAUAGUGAAAUAAAAUAUGUCUUUACACAUG